AUGGGAGGCCGGCUGCUGGCCAUUCUUCUGGCUUUGGCCGCAGUGCCCAGGGCCCAGGCGAUGUGGCUGGGGAGACUGGACCCUAAGCAGCUUCUCGGGCCCUGGUAUGUCCUUGCUGUGGCCUCCCAUGAGAGGGGCUUUGCUGUGGAGAAGGAUGUGAAGGACAUCGAGGGGGUUAUGGUGACACUCACUCCAGAGAACAACCUGAAGCUACUGUCCUCUCGGCACGGGCUGCAGGGAUGCAACCAGAAUGUGGUGGAGCUGCUGAGACGAAGCUCGGGAUGGGUGUUUGAGAACCCGACCCUGGGCGUGUUGGAGUACCGUGUGCUGGGCACGAACUUCAGAGACUACGCUGUGGUCUUCACCCAGCUGGAGUUUGGGGAAGAGGCCUUCAGCACCGUGGAGCUGUACAGUCGGACUGAGACGGCCAGCCAGGAGGCCUUGGGGCUGUUCUCCAAGUGGAGUGAGGGCUUGGGCUUCCUGUCUCAGCAGCAGGCCCAGCUGCAUAAGGACCUCACCUGUGCACAAAAGAUCCUCCAGACAGAGAUCUGA